CCGCCAGGCGGGGUAUCUUCCCCGUUGCCAGAGCCUCGCCCUGUUUGUUUGUUGUGACUCUGUGAAUGGCGGCCCGGCCAGCCUAUCGGAUACAUCCUGAAUGUCACCUACUGUUUCAUCUGGUGGCAGCUCAGCCAAUAGGAAGCAAAGGGAGGUGGGGCAGUCUCUGCUCUCCUGAAUGAUGCAUUGGCAGAGGAGAUUGGGCUAUUGUAGCAAGGGCUUGUCUAGUGCUUGUGUAUAUAAUAUAAAUAAUUAUAAAUUUAUUUAAUUUUAUAUAGCUUGGGAAGCAGAAGCUGAUUGGGAUUAGUUUUUUUGUAUUUGCUGUCUGCAUACUGCAGAGACAGCAUCCUAAUUUUAAUCAGGUGCUGUCAAUCUCAAAGGAUUAAUUUUCUCCUGUUGUUUGAUGGAACUGAAGUGCCAAACCUGCAUGAUUUUCGCUUAAAUAAGGAUCCUGGGGUAAUGCAAUAAGGAGGGACUGAAAUCAUCCCAGCCGCUGCUUUGGAUUAGGCUCUCUCAUUCUCUCUCCCUCACCUCAGUUCUCUAUUCCAUCUCGUUUUCCUCUUCACAACCUUAUCUCCUCUCUUCUUCUUACUUUUUCUCUCUCUCCUCCUCCUGUUCUUUCUCUUUAUCUCAUCCUUUGUUUACUUGAUAUCAUCCUCUCCCCUCUCUCGUUAUCUCUCUUCCCCUUUCUCUAAUUUUCUCCACCCUUUCUCUUUCUCUCUCUCCCGUCUCUUUCUUUCUCUGCCCCCUUUAUUCUCUCUCCUCCUGCCUCCUUAUUUUCCUCUGCAUUGGCCUGCUUCUCUCCCAUCAUGACGGAACUGACCCAGUGCAACAUCAAGGUGAUGUGCAGGUUUCGACCGCUCAACCAUGCUGAGAUCCUCAGGGGCGAUAAAUUCAUCCCGAAAUUUCAAAACGAUGAGACAGUAGUGAUCGCGGGGAAGCCGUAUGUCUUCGACCGGGUGUUCCCAACCAACACCAGCCAGGAUCAAGUCUACAAUGCCUGUGCCAAGCAGAUUGUGCGAGAUGUGUUGGCAGGAUACAACGGUACCAUUUUUGCCUACGGACAGACCUCGUCUGGGAAGACGCACACCAUGGAGGGUUCUUUGCACGACACACACUUGAUGGGCAUCAUACCCAGGAUCGCGCAUGACAUCUUCAACCAUAUAUAUGCCAUGGACGAGAACCUCGAGUUUCACAUAAAGGUUUCCUACUUUGAGAUCUACAUGGACAAGAUACGUGACCUGCUGGAUGUGGCAAAGACGAACCUCUCUGUGCACGAGGACAAGAACAGAGUCCCUUUUGUUAAGGGUUGUACGGAGCGGUUUGUUUCCAGCCCAGAGGAGGUGAUGGAUGUGAUAGAUGAAGGGAAAUGCAAUCGUCACGUCGCAGUCACCAACAUGAACGAACACAGUUCUCGGAGCCACAGCAUCUUCCUGAUCAACAUCAAACAGGAGAAUAUGGAGACAGAACAGAAACUCAGCGGGAAGCUCUACCUGGUCGACCUGGCUGGAAGCGAGAAGGUCAGCAAGACGGGGGCUGAAGGAGCAGUGCUGGACGAAGCGAAGAACAUCAACAAGUCUCUGUCCUCCCUGGGGAAUGUCAUCUCCGCCCUGGCCGAAGGAACGAAAGCUCACGUGCCAUACCGUGACAGCAAGAUGACCCGGAUCCUCCAGGACUCCCUUGGAGGCAACUGCAGGACCACGAUUGUCAUCUGCUGCUCGCCAUCCAACUACAAUGACGCGGAGACCAGAUCCACCCUCAUGUUUGGACAGAGGGCAAAGACGAUCAGGAACACGGCCUCUGUCAACCUGGAGCUGACGGCAGAGGAAUGGAAGAAGAAGUACGAAAGGGAGAAGGAGAGAAACAAGGCUCACAGGGAGACCAUCCGACGGCUGGAGGCUGAGCUCAGCCGAUGGCGUGACGGAGAGGACGUCCCCGUGAGUGAGCAGCUGCCGGAGAGGGAGGAGAUAUGUGACGUCACCCCGGCGGUGGACAACUCCUCCAUUGUGAUCCAUAUCUCCAAUGAGGAGAGGCAGAAGUACGAGGAGGAGAUCCGCAAGCUCUACAAGCACCUGGACGAGAAGGAUGAUGAAAUCAACUUUCACAGCCAGAUGGUGGAGAAACUCAAACUGCAGAUGUUGGAUCAGGAUGAGCUCCUAGCCUCAACCCGUAGGGACAACGCCAAGAUCCAGGAGGAGCUGGGGCGGUUGCAGACUGAGAAUUACAGCGCCAAGGAGGAGGUCAAAGAGGUUCUCCAGGCCCUGGAGGAGCUGGCUGUCAACUACGACCAGAAGACCCUGGAGAUGGAGGAGAUGUCCAAGCAGAAUGGAUUAUUGGCAGAUGAGCUGGCCAAAAAGAUGGCAACACUGAUUGGGUUGGAGGCAGAGUUGCGUCACACCCAGGAAAUGAGCAACCACCAGAAGACGAGGGUGACAGAGGUCCUGAACAACCUCCUCAAGGACCUGGCUGACUUCAGCAACAUCCUGGGCAACGGAGAGUGGAAGGUGCCUGUGGAGUUCAGUGGUGCCAUUGAAGAGGAGUUCACUGUGACGCGACUCUACAUCAGCAAGGUGAAAUCUGAAGUGAAGAUGCUCUUGAAGCGAUGUAACCAACUGGAGAACAACCAGAGUGAGUGCAACAAGAAAAUGGAGGAGAACUCUCGAGAGCUGUCUGCCUGCCAACUCCUCAUCUCACAGCACGAGGCCAAGAUCCACUCACUGACAGAGUACACUCAGAAUGUGGAGCUGAAGAAGCGACACCUGGAGGAAGCUUACGAUGCUCUCAAUGAGGAGGUGUCCAAGCUGCAGACACAAGAUAUGGUGAACAAAAUGGAGGAAGAGGUGGAGGACGGGAGAUCAGGAGAAGAGGGAGGUGUGAAGAGUACCCUGGAGAAGCAGAUGGAGAGCCAUCGUGACACACACCAGAAGCAGCUGGCUCAUCUGCGCGAUGAGAUUGCAGAAAAGCAGAAGAAGAUAGAUGAGUUGAAAGACCUGAACCAGCAGCUGAACUUGGAGCUUGAGAAACUGCGUGACGAUUUCAAGAAGUUGAAAAGUGAGCAGCAGGAAAAAAGCGAAACAAUUCAGGAGCUUACAUUUCUCCACGAGAAACACGAGCAGUCCAGGCAGGAUCUUAAGGGACUUGAAGAGACUGUGGCACGAGAACUUCAAACUCUGCAUAACCUACGAAAACUUUUUGUUCAAGACCUCACCACACGUGUCAGGAAAAACACUGAGCUGGAAGCAGACGACAGCGGUGGGUGCGUCUCACAGAAACAGAAGAUAUCCUUUCUUGAGAACAACCUGGAUCAGCUUACAAAGGUUCACAAACAGAUCUCUUCCCUUUGUCGUUGGGGGAUCCCUGAACGGGACAACUACGCCCAGCUGGUUCGUGACAAUGCAGACCUGCGUUGUGAGCUUCCGAAGCUGGAGAAACGACUGCGGGCUACGGCUGAGAGAGUGCGGGCCCUGGAGGCAGCACUGAAGGAGGCGAAGGAAGGAGCGGUGAAGGACCGCCGGCGCUACCAGCUGGAGGUGGAGCGCAUCAAAGAGGUGGUGCGCUCCAAGAACGGACCCAAGAGGACACACACAGCGCAGAUUGCGAAGCCAAUUCGCCCAGGACACCACCCAGCUUGCUCCCCUUUGGGUCUGCAAGUCACUCGUAACCCUGACUCCUGCAACUUCAGCAAUGCCCUCUUCCAUACGUACCACCCUUUCUGCCUGGCUGACAGCUCCAAGAUCAAAUACUCAAUAGGUGGACCCUGCAGCAGUGUGCCCACCGAUUGCCUUGACCUCUGUCAGAAGGAGAUUGUGGAUAAUGGGAAUGAGACAGACAUCAAUGACAACAGGAGUGAAAUGCACUGUGGUUGCAAGGCCGAGGACCCAGCAAAGCUCUACAUCAUUCCCCAGCAGACAGCUGCCAGCUAAUGGAUCAACCCCACCUGUAGGAGGCUCCCACCCGCCUGCGGAUCACCUGCUCCUGUUCCUGUGGCUUCAAGGAACACUGUGGAACCAUCCUCCUCCAUCACAGCCUUAGCUCUCCUUCCCCUAUCCCCCCCCCCACCUCCCCCUUCGGGCUGUGUGCAGCAGCGAUGGUUCUCGGAGGGUGCAAGAAGUGGCUGCUCCCAAAGACGCGUACACACUCAUCUCAUGCCAUGCAAGGUGGGAGCCUUUGCUCUGGAGUCAGCCAUCCCUCUGACUCUCUUGCUGCGUGUCCUGUUCCUCCCCCAUCCUCACCACCCACCCCCCCAUGACUGCAUACUCGACGGACCGAUACCAGGUUCACAGUCUCUGGAUUUCCUGAGAAUAUUCCAACAUCACAUCCCCUACCCCUCCAUCCACUCUCCUGGUGUUCUGGAUCAGUCUGAAGGUCCCAAGUGUUUUUCUGGCUCUCCCCCCCCCCCCACCCCCAGGUGUUUCUAGAUCAGUGCUGCACCAUGUGAGAGGUUGUUUUCUCCCAUAUCAGCAUUCUGGGAAAGUUCCGGACAGUGCCUGGAGGCUGACAGCGAGGAGCUGAGCAAGAUUGCUGGUCAUUCAUGCCACCUUGGAUUGCUGCAUUUCUAGAUCGAUGCAGUGUGUUGCAUGUUCUAGAUCACCAUGUUCCAAAAGACGGGCCCAUCCUCCUGUCCUGAAUAAGAGCCAGUUUAACUGGAACGGUCUGCUUCUCCUGGUUAGUGCCUCGACACACAGGAUCACGAUUGUUCUGGAUCAGCGUGGAGCCGGACAGGACCGCCCAAUGUUCAGGAUAAAUCUAACACUGGGAAGGGUGUCCACUGUUCAGGAUCACUGAGUCAUUAAGCAGGAUGCCCUGUUUUUCUGGAUCAUUGUGGCACCAGGCAAGACUGCCAUUGUUCUAGAUAAUUGGAGCACAUGGUUGCUGUACUUGAUGAGCAUGACACUGGAGAGGAUACUCUACUGUUCUGGAUAACGGUGGCACAGGGAAGGAACUGCCCCAAUUCUAGAUCAGCUAUGGUUCAGGUUGGCAGUUGGCAGCAUCGACCACUGUUGUAGAUCAGUGUUGCCCUGAACAGGGUGAACUCAUCUUCUAGAUCAGAGCGGUGCUGGCCAGGACCCACCGGUGUUCUAGAUUGGCGUGUUGCCAGGUUCAUCUGUGUUCUAGAUCAGCACAGCACAAGGUAGAAUCACCCAUUGUUCUUGAUUGGCAGUGUGUAAAGCAGGAGAGGCAGUGUCUAGAUGAGGGUGGUGGAGGUGCAGUGGAUCAGCCAGUGUUCCAAAUAGUUGUGGCACUAUGUAGAAUGUCAUGGUAGCACUGGCCAGGAUCAGCUGGGAUCUAGUUAGUGUUUUAGCCCACAGUCACUCCAGAUGGGAUUCAGAGAGUCUUCUAGGUCAGGGUGGUAAUGAGGUGGAUUUCUUAGUGAUGUGGCACUGGACCGAGUCAAUUGUGUUGUGGAGCAGGAGAACGCCAGGCAGGAUCAGGUGAUGUUCUAGAUCAUCCUGCGCCCAGGACAGAUUUGGUUAGUGUUCUAGAUUGGUGUGGCAUUGUACAGUGGCUGUUGGUGUUCUAGAUCAGAGUUGUAGCAGCCAAUAUUUUAGAUUCAGGUGGCACCAGGUGCAGAGUUGAUUGGUGUUCUAGGUCAGAGCAGUACCAGACAGAACCAGCCAUUGUUCUAGUUCAGAGUCAUGGUGGGCAGAGCCAGCUGGUAUUCUGGAUUGAUGCGGCAUUUGUGCUGAGACAGAUGGCACCAGUAUGUGUACUGGAUAUAUGGAACCUGGAGACUACCGAGAACCCCACACCCACACUCAGCCCAUGCUCUGGGAACAGUGGGGCGAUCUGACUCCGUGGGGACAGGACUGGAUGGGUGGAAUGACCCCUAACAUUCCAGGUUAAAGCUCGGGGUGUGGAGGGGAGGAGACCCACAGGAUACAUUCAUGGCCGAUCCAGGGAUCCGCUCUGGCCUCUGCACCUCCCCCUUGCCCCCGGCUUGCUUUGUCACUUGUCUGUAUGUUCACCCUCCACCCCAUCCUGCCUUGUCUGCGUUUGUGUCUGUGUUGCAUGUCAACCUGAGAAACACGACCUACCAUCUAUCAGCUCUUUUACCUGCGUGCAGGUCAGAUCAAUAAAAGAUCAGAG